AUGUCUUGCCAGACACGGAAGCCCGACAUAACGCUUUUCUUCCUCGGCGCCUCGCGCGCCAUCCGCAUCGCCUGGCUCCUGGAAGAGCUCAACCUGCCGUACCAGCUGGUGUCGUCACCGCGGGCACCAAACGGGCUCGCGCCGGAGGAGUUCAAGGCCCAGAUCCCGACGAGGAUGGGUAAGAGCCCCGUGAUCAAGGACGGAGAUUUGGUCGUCCAGGAGAGCGCCGCGAUUGCUGAAUACCUCUGCGAAACAUACGACCCUCAAGGCCGUCUGCUCCCCAAAGAGCGCCGAGCUCGGGCAAAAGUCAGGGAAUGGAUGGCUGCCGCCGAGGGGACGUUCAUGAUCCACGCUCUCGCGAUCCUCUACGCGCGCUGGCGCCUCCCCAAACCCGCAGCCCAGUACCUGCCGGAGAUGGAGAAGGGGCUGGCUCGCAACGUGCACAACGCCCUGAACUGGCUCGAGGCCGAGCUUGCAGAUGGAAGACAGUACCUGGUGAUGAGCAGCGGAAGCCGGAGCGACGCCGAAGCCGAAGCCGAAGCCACGCCAGGUCAAAGCGAUAAUGAGCGCAACGACGGACGUGACGACGUCUCCGCGGCGGAUAUUCUGAUGGGUUUCAGCGUCGACUUCAUCUUCGCGAGAAAGCUGGGCACUGAAGGCGCCGACUGGCCCAAUGUCAGGAGGUGGCUGCACGGCAUUAAGCAACGAGAGGCAUAUACCAGGGCGGUCAAGAAGACGGGGUACUCUCUCUAG